UAGGCCUCAUACGGAUCUACACGGAAACCAGAAGAAAGAGAUUUACAUUUAUUGUAAAACACCAGAUCAAUAUUCCCUGUUCUAUGAGAGCAAUGACCAGGUCAGAGAAUAUCCCUCUGGAGGAGGAGAUGGUGAGCAUCCUGGAUCAAUGCGGACCAGCUCUGACAUAUGUCCUACAUAGCAAGUUUGGAUGUACUGCUGUGCUCCAUGGUGUUGAUGCCGGUGCAAUGAAGUUCAAGAAGCCAGUAUUUAAGCACGAAACUGUCCAUUCCGACUCCAGAGAUGCAAGGAAAAGUGUUCCACCGUUUAUUGAGCUCAGUGGGGCCUAUCAUGAGACAUUGAGGGAGGCCAGACGCUGGUAUUUGGAUGCUUUGUACCCUGCCUCGAAGAAUGUAAUCACCAUUCACAACAAUUUCAUCCAGCACUUUGGCCAGAGGGAGUUUGAAGAGCUUCUUUCCCUUCAGACCAAGAGGGAAGUUUCCAUCGAGGAGAACUUUAAAGAUGGCCGCUUUGGAUUGACCAUCCAGGGGGCUUCUAGAGGGUUCAAAGCUGCUGUGUUAGAGGUGGAAGCCCUGUGCUGCAAAGUCCAAGAGGAUUUUGCAAAGGAAGAGUUGAGUUUAAUGGGCCUGCAAUCUCCCAUCAGUUCCCCAAGGAAGCCUGUAGAUGACAACAGUUCUGACUAUAAAGAGAGACAGCAACAUUUUGCCGGACUUCAAAUUGUCAGGGUUGAGAAGGUGGAGAACAAAGCUCUGAAGCAGGUCUUUGACCUUAGGAAGAGGCAGAUGCAGGUGUCUACCUCUUCUCAGCGAAUGUACCAACGCUUGCCUGUGCAAUUCUGUGACCUGCUCAGCAGAGUGGGCUUUCAGAUGGAGUUUACACCACCUGACGAGCAAAAUCUGGGAGAGGGGAUCUACUUCAGCAGCAGUGUCCAUGGAGCAGAGAGGCUGUGGAAGGGCUCAGCUGACCAGGAGUACCUGUACUUCAUUGAGGCACAGGUGCUGACUGGCAAGUCAAUUGUUGGCUGUCCAGGUCUCAUCGUGCCACCUCCCUUUGCCAGAGACCCACUCACCUUGUAUGACAGUGUGAAAGGAGGCGGAGACACCUGGGUCGUCUUCAAUGGUCACCAGGCUCUACCUGAAUAUCUGAUCACCUGCAAUAAGCCUACAUACGUAAAACCUCACGCAUUGUUCAACUGGGGUAAAGCUAAAAAGCCACAAAAGAAUGAGGACAUUGUCAUCGAGGGCCUGGAAGUGGAUCCGGCUGUCUUCCACGUUUCUUCCAAAGUGGAUCGUUGGAUCAAGGACCUGAACCUAAAUGAACCAGAGAGCAGCAGCAUCCCACAGGACGCUGUCUACCAGUCCAAAUCCCACCGCCACCACAUCCAUGACAUGAGAAUCAAGGACCUGAACCUAAAGGAACCAGAGAGCAGCAGCAUCCCACAGGACGCUGUCUACCAGUCCAAAUCCCACCGCCACCACAUCCAUGACAUGAGAAUCAAGGACCUGAACCUAAAGGAACCAGAGAGCAGCAGCAUCCCACACAACGCUGCCUACCAGUCCAAAUCCCACCGCCACCACAUCCAUGACAUGAGAAUCAAGGACCUGAACCUAAAGGAACCAGAGAGCAGCAGCAUCCCACAGGACGCUGUCUACCAGUCCAAAUCCCACCGCCACCACAUCCAUGACAUGAGAAUCAAGGACCUGAACCUAAAGGAACCAGAGAGCAGCAGCAUCCCACAGGACGCUGUCUACCAGUCCAAAUCCCAAAGCCACCACAUCCAUGACAUGAGAAUCAAGGACCUGAACCUAAAGGAACCAGAGAGCAGCAGCAUCCCACACAACGCUGCCUACCAGUCCAAAUCCCACCGCCACCGCAUCCUUGACAUGAGAAUCGAGGAGAUGCUGAGGAAGGACAGGGACAAAAAGUCCUUCAACAGGAACAUUACAGAGCCUAGCAACAUGGUGGAUUGGCAGCAGCAGCCAGGGGGACAGUCCCAGAUAUUCCACCCCAUCCAUAACUCCCAUCUGCAGCAGGCGCUGGACAGGAAGCUGCCGCGCGUGGAGGUCUCUGCCUGGAGGAAUAUGAACACGUUCACCCUGCCUGACAGGGCUGCUAACAACACAAGUGGAAACAGUCCCAAAAGCAGACAAAUCGACAAGUUAGCAGCUCAACCUAUUGAGAGUCUCCCUCGACAUUGGGAUGCCAUGCCAGCCAACACGUCCUGCCUGUCCUGCCUCAUCCAGCCAGGAAGCCCAGAGCACAAUGAAGUUUUACACCUGUUCAGAGCCACCUGCCCCAACAAAGUUAUACAGAUUGAGAGGAUCCAGAACCCAACCCUGUGGAGGAGUCUCCAGAUCAAGAAACACGACAUGGAGCUCAGGAACGGUCACCAGAAGAAUGAGAAGAGGCUCUUCCAUGGAACAUGCCACACAACCAUAAAUCACAUCAACAACCAUGGCUUCAAUCGGAGCUUUGCUGGGAAAAAUGCUACAGCAUUUGGAAACGGCACCUACUUUGCUGUUGGUGCCAGUUACUCUGCCAGCAGCACAUACUCAAGACCGGAUCGCCAGGGGCAGAAGUAUAUGUACCUCUGUCGAGUUCUGACUGGCGAUUUCACUGCAGGACGACAUGGGAUGACAGUUCCUCCAGCUAAAAGCACCACAACUGUUGAACUCUACAACAGCGUGACAGACAACCCAUCAGGACCAUCUAUGUUUGUCAUUUUCCAUGACAACCAGGCAUAUCCUGAGUACUUGAUCACAUUCUUCUAGACCCUGCGGAGAAAAGCAAAAGAAAUGAAAUGGAUCUAUUCACGGACCAUAAAAACGAUGGCACUUAUUUUUAUCAUAUUCUUGAUCUUUUAGUGUGGUGUGGUUUUAUUUAAUUGUUUGGAUACUUUUAUAGCACUUAUUUCGAGUUUUGCCUUUGUUUGAUGGCACUAUGGACCUUUCAUUAUUUUUUUUGGUACGUAUUGGGCGGUUCACCUUGUAGACCCUAACCCUAACCCUAACCUGAAUUCUAACCUUAACCCCUAGUUACCCCAAUCCCUCACCCUAACACUGAGACCCUCAUGCCUAACCUUACUUAUUGAACUUAACCCUGACCCUGACCCUAACCCUGACUCUAACCCUAACCCCAACCCAACCUGAAUUCUAACCUUAACCCCAAGUUACCCUAAUUCCUCACCCUAACCCUGGGACCCCCAUGCCUGAACCUAACCCUGAGACCUUCAUGCCUAACCUUAAACCUUUAGACCCUCAUAUCUGACUUUAAUCCAACCUUGACCUGUAUUUUAACUCUGCUCCUUAUGGUAACCCCAAUCUGAAUUUUGACCUUAACCUAUAGCUUCCAAAUCUUCAGCUUAAUUUCUAACCCUAACCCUAUUAAUUUCUAACCCUAACCCUAUGUCCCUAUACCCCCACAUCUAACUUGAAUCCCUACACUCUCUAUAUCUAUUUGAAUCUCUACACUCUCUAUAUCUAUUUGAAUCUCUACACUCUCUAUAUCUAUUUGAAUCUCUACACUCUCUAUAUCUAUUUGAAUCUCUACACUCUCUAUAUCUAUUUGAAUCUCUACACUCUCUAUAUCUAUUUGAAUCUCUACACUCUCUAUAUCUAUUUGAAUCUCUACACUCUCUAUAUCUAUUUUAAUCUCUACACUCUCUAUAUCUAUUUUAAUCUCUACACUCUCUAUAUCUAUUUGAAUCUCUACACUCUCUAUAUCUAUUUGAAUCUCUACACUCUCUAUAUCUAUUUGAAUCUCUACACUCUCUAUAUCUAUUUGAAUCUCUACACUCUCUAUAUCUAUUUGAAUCUCUACACUCUCCAUAUCUAUUUGAAUCUUUAGACUUUUAUAUCGAACUCUUUCUUCUAGACCACCGCUCUGAAUUUGGCACUUGGCCUUUCUUCUUAAUUUAGAUUUUCUGGCUUUUAACCUAAGCCUAACCCUAACCCUAACCCUUUUAACCUAAGCCUUACCCUAACCCUAACCCUAACCCUAACCCUUUUAACCUAAGCCUUAUUCUAAUGUCUGACUCUGGUCUUCUUCUUAUAGCUUUUCUUAGUCAUUUAAAGUAUAUAAUACAUAAGUCUUACCAUUUAUCCUAAAGGGGUUGCCUGUGCCAGUGCACACCAGAUUCGUCUGCUACUCAUUGAACCUAACCCUAGCCUCAACCCUAACCCUAACCCUAACCCCAACCCUAACCCUAGCCUCAACCACAAACCUAACCCUAGCCCUAGCCCUAGCCUCAACC